CUAGGCCACCAUGACAGAUGAACCCUGGGGCUUUGACAAAAACAAAAGAAUGCUCAACCCUGACUUCAGUGCACAGGACAUUUAAUUGUAUAUAAUUUUAUUACAUACUAGUGAAAGUGGAAGUAAUCUGUUGUUCGUCAUGUCAUAUUACACCUUACCAUGAAUGUUCUUAUGUACAAUUUCAAUUUAUUAUUUAGAUCACUUUAAACAAAUAAUAGAGCUUAUGAAAAUUAUACAAAAUGCACACACUUUUUUUCCACCUCACACCAGUCACUCACAGAGCGGAAGUGAGCUGCAUAUAUAUAAAAUUCUGAUGUAUCCGCUCAGCCUGACAACUGUUCACUUCCUGUCUUGCUUUUUUUUUUUUUUUUUAAAUCCAGCCACAGCAUCAGAAUGCAACAUGGCUGUUUCAUUGCAGCAUUUACAGGACACAAAGUAACUCAGCCUUAAAAGUCUACAUUUGGGUCCACCCUCACACCAAUUCACCAAGUGACUGAGCUGACAGUGAAGAAAUAACAUCAUGGGGAACCAGUGUUCGGUGCAUAGGUGGUGUAAAAAGAUCAACAAGAAAUAUGACAAAGGGGGUGUUAACAGAACUGAGGAGAGUGAAGAAAAUCCUCCCUUCCUCUUAAGACGGCCUCUUCAGGGGGAGGGGGACACAGUGAAGGAAACAAGGGAGGAGACUUCAUGCAGACAUGCAGAAGAAACCUCUAGAAAAAAUGACAAAUUACAAAUUAAUGCCCAGGGUCUUUGCCUGUCUGAUAUAGAAGAGGAAGCUGAGAAAUAUUCAGCAGACCUGGACAAGAAAAGGUCUAAACUCAUUCAAACAAUCACUUUGGUGAUGCCUAUAGCAGAUGAAUUGAGACAGCAAGGUUUGAUCCAUCCAGAGACGUACAACAAAAUCCAAGCUGCCAGGACGAGCCAGGAUCAGAUGAGGGAGCUCUACAAUGCACUGACUACUACAAAAUCCAAAUCCGCCUUCUACAGAAUCCUCCAAGAACUUGAGCCACAAGCAUGUGAAACAGAAGAUUUCAUCAAGGAGGUCAUCAAAAAGAACAAAGAAUAUCUGAGGCAAAAGUGUCAGUGGGAGUUGGAAGGCACUGAAAAGUCUCGUAUGGAUGAAAAAUCAUUGGAUAAAAUUUACACACAGCUCCACAUUAUACAAGGAGAGAGUGAACAUGUCAAUAAACAACACGAGAUUUGGGAGAUUGAAGAUAAAGAGAGGAAUCAAACUGUUGAGGGUAUUAGAAUCAACUGUAAUGACAUCUUUAAACAUGUGCAAGACGACAAAGACGUGACAGCAAUUAGGACUGUGAUGACAAAGGGAAUUGCUGGCAUUGGAAAAACUGUCUCUGUGAAGAAGUUCAUCCUUGACUGGGCAGAUGGAAAAGCCAAUCAGGACUUGGAUUUCAUCUUUAUGUUUCCAUUCAGGGAGCUAAAUUUGGUCCAAGAUGAUCAGAUUAGCUUUGAGAACCUUGUGAAAACAUUCCAUCCAGAGCUUAAAACCGUAGCAGUUGCGAGAGCUUUGGCUGAGCGUAAAGUUUUGUUCAUCUUUGAUGGUCUCGAUGAAAGUCAACUUCAGCUGAAAUUCAAAACGACCAAAAGACUGACAGAUGCUAUGAAGGAAUCCUCAGUGGACACUCUGGUGACCAACCUUAUCAGGAAACAUCUUCUUCCCUCUGCACUUGUUUGGAUAACCUCGAGACCAGGAGCAGUUCAACGCAUUCCUCGUGAGUAUGUUUACCAAUGGACCGAGGUCAGAGGAUUUGAUGAUCCACAAAAAAUAGAGUACUUCAGAAAGAGAGUUGAGGACGAAGCAGUCGCUGAAAAUAUUAUUGAACACAUAACAAUGUCACGGAGCCUGUACAUUAUGUGUCACAUACCUAUCUUCUGUUGGAUUGCUGUACAUGUUUUUGAGUAUUUGAUGCGUAAAAUGGGAAACACCAAAGAUGGAAACCAAAAAAUACCCACAACUCUUACUGGGAUGUACACACACUUCCUUCUUAUUCAGAUGACGAUAGCUAAUGAAAAAUAUGGCGAGCAGGAAGAGCCUGAUACAGCUGAGAUCUUUAAGUCAAAUGAAGAGUUCAUUUUGAAAUUAGGCAGGUUGGCUUUUGAACAACUGGAAAAAGGCCGGAUCAUAUUCACUGCUGAAGAUCUGAAGAAGUAUGACAUAGAUAUAACAAAAGCUGGAGUUUACUGUGGGUUGUGUACAGCAAUAUUCAAAGAAGAGAGCGUGUUCCUAACAAAGAAACUUUACUGCUUUGUGCAUCUGACAGUUCAGGAGUAUUUUGCUGCUCUCUUUGUAUAUCAUAGUUUUGCAAACAAAAAAAUUGAUUCUGAAAGUCUCAAGGAUUUCAUGCUAAAAGGAUCUGAUGAAGAGCUCAAGUUUAUCUUGGAAAGUGAUCCAGUGGAUCUACCUUUGAACGAAUUGAUUGAAAUUACAAUAGCUAAUUCGACUCUGAGAACGACCGGAGAACUGGACAUGUUCCUCAGGUUCCUUAUUGGCUUGUCUCUGGAAUCAACACAAGACCUGCUUCAAGGUCUGAUUCAACAGACUGAAGAACACUCUGCAAAUAUUGAGGAAAUUCGGUCAAGUCUAUUAGAAUUAGAUGUAUUGGACUGCUCAGCUGAAAGAUGUCUGAACCUUGUCCACUGCCUGACUGAGUUGAAAGACAGUUCCCUACAUGAUUCAGUACGAAAGUAUCUGAAACCAAAUUGUCUUCCUGAAUCACCGCUCUCUCCUGUUGAGUGUUCAACUCUGGCUGACCUGAUUCUAAUGUCAAACACACCUCUGGAUGAAUUCAAUCUCAAGAAAUACAGACCAUCAGGAAAAGGUAUCAUUAGACUUCUUCCAGCUGUGAGAAACUGCAGAAAAGCAAGAAUCUCAGGUAUAAAUGUCGGUGUUUGGGAAUAUAAAACUAUCUCUUCAGCUCUUUGCAUGCCACACUCUGUGUUAACUGAACUGCACAUAGUGAAUAGUACUUUUGGCAAUCGGGCGGAUAAACGUGCAGAAACCUUGGCUGAUGGACUGAAAAAUUCUCAGUGUAAACUAGAAGCUCUAAGUCUUUCUGGCACAGGGCUCGCAGCAAGAGACAUGGAAGAUUUUGCAUCAGCCAUCAAAUCAGUCAUCUCAAAUCUGAGAGAACUAGAGUUGAGUGGUGACAUACUUGAGGACUCAUUAUUCUCUGUACUCUCUGUUGGUCUAGGCUGCCCUAAACUUGAGAAGCUCAGAAUGAACAGACGUCAUAGGGCUGCAGAAAUCUGCAAAAUGUUAGUGACAGCAUUCACAUCCAAACCUUGUUACCUGAGAGAACUGGAACUAAACUACACCCAGUUUAAAGACUCGGAAAUGAAGAUCCUCUCAGAUGGGCUGAAGAACAAAAACUGUAGACUGGAGGUAUUGAGCCUCAGUCACAACAGACUCACUGAGAAAGGCUGUAAGAUACUCGCCUCAGCAAUCAGCUUUACAGCCUCGCACCUGAAAGAGCUGGACCUGAGUUACAAUGAUCUGCAAGACCAGGGAGUGAUGGAACUAUCUCAAGCAUUGAGGAACCCAAAGUGUGGUUUAAAAACACUCAGGCUGUCAUUUUGUAAAAUGACGGGAGAUGGAGGCUGUUCUUUGGUCUUGGCUCUAAACUCAGACCAUUGCAGCCUCAAAGAUCUGGACCUCAGCUUUAAUAACCUCACCGAAGAAGUUGUGAAACUGUUGACUGAAAAACAGAAGGAUUUGCGCUGCAGUCUGGAAAAUCUCAAUGUGGACCACAACGAUGAAUGUUGGGUUGAUCUGAAGCUACUGAGACAGUGUAAGAAUAUAUUUCUUGUUCAUGAUAUUCUACAUCUGUGAUGUGAUUGGAGAAGAAUGAGCCUGUGCAUGCAUGCACAUUCAUGCACACGUACAUGCGCAUGCGCACGCACCCUCCAGAACUGCCUGCUUUGUUCUUCACGUAACCCACACCUGUCUCCUCCUAGCGGGUGUGUUUUAAUGAGGUUUCUCUGUUUUAUAAACUGGUAUUUCAGUUUUCAGUGUAAAUUUUUACAAGCAGGAGUUACUUUUUAUAGAUGGAGGAACCAAUUGUUUAAAGUUGCUUUAUUCUAACACUAUGGAGGAGCCUUAUAGGAAGACCUUAUUGCUUUUUAGUCAGCGAUCUGAAUGGAGAAUAAAGCCUUAUGUGGAGUGGAAGACCUAUUUGGUUUUUGCAUGUUAGAAGCAGUCUUAAUGGAUUUGGGUUUUUUUUGUGCGACUCUUUUGCCUUGUUUUAACAGCGGGGCGUUUUUCUCAAGUGUCCUUCGUGGUUGUUUAUUUCACCUGUUUUGCUUUGAGAGCUUUUAUUGCUCUUUCCCUGUCAUGUAUAAUCUUUCUGACUGAGAAAAAGCUAAACCUUUUUGAAGUCUAAACCUUCAAAAUGUCCUUUCAUCAAAAACAUUUGUUUCCUGAGAAGCCGGACACCUAUGGACGUGUACGUGUGUGCCCUCAACUGCCCCCACCCAGCUGUCACGUUUACUUGUCCGUGUAAAACCGAGUAUUUUUGGGAUCUAAAUUUCAAAAUGUAAGACAAAUCGAUGCCAUCUUAAAACAUAGAUGUGUAAUGUGGCAAGUAUUUCAGAUUUCAGUGUGAAUUAAUACAAACAGGAAUUACUUUUAUAGAUGCAGAAUCAAAUUAUUUAAUGUUGGUUUUUUAGACACUGAUCUGAAAGGUAAAUUUGUAUGUUAGAAGCAGCUUUGUUGGAUGUGUUUUUAACUUAGAGAAACAAAGUGUGAAUCUUCUUUCUCUUAAAAAAGCUUUUUCACAGGUUUAAACUGUGUGGUCUGUCUUUCUGGCAAAACGCAGGACAACUUAUGAAAUGAGAGCAUGCACUACCCUCCAGAACUCUCAGCUUUUCCCGUCCUUUGUUAGUGAAACUGAAUAUUUUAUGGAUAUAAAUGUUUAGAGAAAAUAGCGAGGUACUCAACUAUGUGUCUCUUUAAAUUGUAGAUGUUUAUUCUAGGCUACAUGUUAUUUAUCUCCCACUGAGUCUGCUUGUCAUAUGCUAUGUAUAAAGGUUCUGAACUUUUCCAAAAUGACGUAGAGCAGUCAAUUUUCCCUCCUGUGUGGCUGGUGGAAGUUUUUAGUUUAUUUGUGAAACUGAACGGGGUUGUGGACAAUUACUGUACUGUUUGAUUUGAGUUUUGUGUUGGAUCCCUUUCUUCAAUUGGUAAUUCUCUUGGAGAUAUGAAAACACAGAAUAGGUCUUACAAGUUUUACAAGCCCUGCCCCUGGGUUGAGUGCGAAUUUGUGCAGCAGAUCCCAGCGUGGAAGCUGAUGGUCCAGAGUGAGGGAUCAAGCAGCCAAGGCAUAGAGGACAGGAAAAAAUGUCUUCAAAAUGGGUUUUCUUUAUUUUAACCCUCAAAAAAAGUUCAGAAAGACAGUUCAAAAAUAUAAUUAGCAGGCCCACAAAAAGGUCAACUAAAUAUAACUCUACAAAAAGUAAUUUCCAGAAACUUCCAGAAACAAACCAUUUACACACAGCAGGGGAGAACAAAAACAAACACCUAACCAUACUAACUACACACAGAAUAGCAGAAGUAAACCUAAAACACCCCUGUUUCUGAUAAGCACUUGGUUGUUCCUGUUGAGCAGGCAUUUUGUUUUCAAAGGCCUUAGCCACGCCUUUUGCCCAGACAGGAAACAGCCACCUCCGCAAACCAGGUAAAGCCAAGAAAAAAAAAUCUAAUUAAUAUAACGGAAAACAUUUUUAGAAAAACCACACAAUGCUAUUAUGCCUCAUAAUAUCAGUAUUAGGUUUAAGCAAAAACAUGAAUCAAUUAUAUUAGUGAAGCAACUACAAAUCAAACUAAUGAAGUGAAUGAAUGGACUAGUUUUACCCAUGUGUGGCUGAUGCCAUCACAUCCAGCCAGCCAGCGGAAAGGCCAGUUGAUCCCUGGACAUGCAUUGGAGCCUCACCCCACAGCGCAGACUUUACCUACACAGAGCGUUUCUGACAGGUGGGCAUUGCUUAUGCGAAAGAGAAUUACAACAAUUCAGUGUGUUUCUCUGCUCCAAGACACCUGCAGUCCUUUCACACGAUGAGCAUGUCUGUUAUAGCCUGCCCUUCAUAAAUAUCUGCCUGUCAGUUCUGAUUAUUCAAACCAUGUUUAAAAUGUGAGUUACUUGUUGUCCAAAAACAUUUCCUCAAGAUAUGCAAUGUCGCUGAUUUAAAAAUAUAUACAUAUUUUCAAGUUUUUAGCUGGAUGUCAAACAUAUGAAAGAAUCUUAAGCAAAGUAUCCAUAAUUUGCUUUCAAUGUGGCAUCUUUGUUUUCAUGAACUGCAGAUAAAGAACUCCUCGCAAAAGCAAAACAGGUGGUUUUGCUUUUUUGCAGCUAUCAUUUAUAUUCUUCUGAUUUGCAUGUGUUUUAGUGUAAAUGCAUAUUUUUGGAUGUCCUGAGAUAUCUUUUAAAUCAGGAUUUCAGUAUAUACGCAUCUUGAAAAGGCAUCCUGUUGUGGGCCUUAGUGCAUACAGUUGAGUCUAUAAUUUGUCUGAAAAAGACACAAUUUUUGCAGAUUUGCCUUUGUACACCAUCACGGUGUAUUUUUGAACAAUUGCUACAUGUCUGAAGUUCAGACUUUAGUUAAAGAAUUUUUAGAAAAAAAUAUUUUUAAUGAACAAUGAAGUAGACAGUUUUCUAGUCCCCCAUUUUUAAGAGUCUGAUUGGACAGUUAACAGAAAAGCCAUGGUUUUUCACCAUAACGAACCUUAUGAGGCCCAAAAAGAUUUUAGUGCAAAUCUUUAAAAAAAAAUAAAAAAUAAAAAAAUAAAAAUAAAAUAAACAUAUUAAAACUUUAGGAGUAUCCAAAUUGGACAAAUUGAUUCAUUAUUUAAAAGAAAUAAAUGUGCUAGCCAGCUAAGCAACACCAAAAUGCGUGAAAGACCACAGAAGACAACUACAGUGGAUGUCACGGCCAGCGGGAUCUGACGUUGCUUUGCGUGAAUGAUGAACCCAAAACCAGACAACAAUGGAUGUGGAAAUCAACUUGGAUUAACAGAAAGCGAGCCUAUAUUUGUGGCUGAUUACAGGGAUACACAAAGCAAGGAAAAGCGAAUGGGGAAAAAACUAAACUAAAGCCUAAACUGGAAGAAACUAUGACUGACUAUGAAACUGUGAAAUGAACACGAUUCUGCACUGGUGUAUGUGAGAAACUGUGAAUAACGGACCAGAUACAUGAACAUGAACAUAACCUAAGCAGAACCGUGAACGGUUCAAUCCUGACGUGACGUGGAGGGUAAAUACACAGACGACCUGAGGAUGACUGAACGGAAACACACAGGCUAAAUGCACACAAGGGGUGGUCAGGGGAAGUGGAAACACAUGAGGAGAUAGCUGACCCAAUAAAUCAUAAUGACACCACAGGGGAUGUGUAAACUAAGCACAUAGAACAUGGAAACAAGACCUUCAUAAUAAACAGGAAACAUGAUGGUACGCAGACAUGACACGAUCUUGACAACAUGAACCACACAGACAUGAAACAUGAGAGGUAAGACGGGAGACUUAACACAGGGGGUGAUGACACAACAGAUUCUAAAUAAACAAGGAACUAUAACUAGGCAACCUAGGAGCUUCUGACUGGAUGGACUUAACCAAAAACAAUGAAUAACAAAAUACAAGGUAACUCAAAUCCAAACUAAUAACAGCCACAACACAACACAAGAACUUAACAUACCUUCAAUAUACCUAAGAAAUCACAAAAAUAUAACAAUAACUCAAAAUGCUCAGUCACAGACCCAGCCCCUGACAGUGGAUGAUGACAGAAUUAUUUCCUUAGUUAAGAAAACCAACUUCACUUGACUUGACUGAGUUGACUUGAGUUGGCUGAAAGUCUUUAGACAUUUGCGUUCGACAAAAACACAACACUAUAAUGAAGGCCACUGAGGGGAAGCUGCUUGGCCUACAGCUUUUUGUCAGACAGCACAGUGUUGUUUUCUGCGUAGCCAUUUCUCUUUUUGUCAGGCUUCUAAAAAUUAUAUAUAGAAGGGCCUAGUACCAGGUAAUACCGCCAAAUUGAAAACUCUUCUUGGGCCAAGCCAACUAGGUACCAGUGGCAGAGAGUGAUAAUUUAAUUCUAUAAUCAAGAGAUCCCUUCGUAAAUGGAAAUAUAGGGUUUACAACAAAGUGCAACCAAUGGUUACACUCAAUAACAGGAAAGUUAAAUUAGACAUUGCCAGAAAACAAUGCACUAUGCUUUUCAGAUAUUAGAUGCACAACUGAAUACAGAAAGAUCCACAAAUGAUGGCCGACUUCUAAAUGGCCACCAUGGUCACCACCCAUCUUGAGGAGUUUGCCCCCUCACAUAUACUAAAGUGCCACAAACAGGACUUUAAUAUCACCAACCAUUCCCAUUUUAUUACGGUGUAUCCAUAUAAAUGGCCCACCCUGUAUCUACCUGAUGAAGUUUAAUAGUUGCUUCUAGUUUUGUUCUGAUCUGAACAAGUGUGUAACUUGUACAUCAAGUUUCUUAAAGUUGUGACCCCAGUACCAUAAUUUGGACUUUAUUUUGUAGCUCGCUGCUUAUUUCCCAUCCUGAAUAUUUAGAGAUAAGCCUCAUAAUAACUCAGUAAUUAUGAUGAAACAGAACAGAGCAGAACUUAGCUAAUAUAAACUAAACAGACAGAAACCACACUGACAUGAUAAUACUGUUACAAUUGAUUCACUG